AUGGUCUCAUGGAACGUAUUUCGAAUCCUGGGAGAUGUGUCCCAUCUAGGCUCCAUAUGUGUCUUGCUAUGGGCUAUCCACAAAAACAAAAGUGCCGAGGGUGUCUCCCUUCUUACACAGUUGCUUUAUAGUGUCGUAUUCGUCUUUCGAUAUCUCGAUCUGCUGGACCCCUCAACUUACAAGACCCUCGGCUCAAAAGGAACAUGGCAUGUUAUCUGGAAUGUUUCCUUCAAGCUGUUUUACUUGGCUUCAUCAUUUUACACGAUCUUCGUGAUGAUGAAGGUCUUUCCGCGCACGAGAGAAAGGGAGCGUGCUUGGAAACUCGGCCUGUGGUCCGUAGUAGGAUCCCUUGUGUUGGCUCCUAUUGCGAUACCCGUUCUCGAGGGCGGAUUCCCUGAUUAUUGGUUCACGGAGCUACUCUGGGCUUUCUCCGAGAUCCUUGAAUCCGUGUGUGUUCUGCCACAGCUUCUUAUGCUCCGCCAAACAACCGUCCCGACGGUGAUCGAUUCAUACUACUUGCUUGCUCUGGGCUCAUACCGGGCAUUCUACAUCCUUAAUUGGAUAGUCCGUCUCUUCAGCAAGGAACCAUUCCAUGAUCAGAUCGCGUUCGUGUUUGGAAUCAUUCAGACAGCCUUUUAUGCUGACUUUGCCUGGGUGUAUUAUUCGCGUCAGCGCGUCAAGCUCCGCAAUGGUGGUGUCGUUGAUUCUGAAGACUACGGAAACAGCUGGCUUGUGAACCGUGUGAUGAACUUCCGGGCAUCACGACACUCUACAGACGAGGAACAGCAUCUUCGAGACGAGGAGGCAGAUCUAGAUGGCCAAUCCAAUCACAACAGGUGGGGCGCUCGGGGGAUAUCCAUCGCAGCUGACGACACCCUGGAAAGCAAUAGUAAUGGCCAUCACAAGGCACACCAUCAUGACGAUAGCCCAGAUGGAUUUUCUGGAGAUGAGGAUGAGACUGAUAACCGGGCCAGCAUCUCUCGGUAA